AUGGCAGAGAGACGUGCAGUGAUUAAGAAUGCUGAUAUGUCUGAAGAAAUGCAGCAAGAUGCUGUCGAUUGCGCAAAUCAGGCUAUGGAAAGGUUCAAUAUCGAAAAAGAUAUUGCAGCUUACAUCAAAAAAGAGUUCGACAAGAAAUAUAAUCCAACUUGGCACUGCAUCGUUGGUAGAAACUUUGGAAGUUAUGUUACUCAUGAGACAAGGCACUUUAUUUAUUUUUACUUGGGACAGGUAGCUAUCUUACUCUUUAAAUCUGGUUAA